AUUCUGGGGCUGACGGAGUAGAGACGACGCUUCCCUCUCCCUCGUCUUCCUUCUCUCGCUGGGUUUCGGCGGAGACUGCGCGGCACUCUCUCCUCCCUUCUCCCGCUGUCGCGAGACGCACGGUCUUCUGCUUCCCUCAGCCAGGAGCGCAAAGAAGGCGGAGGGCGACCUAGCUCGCGCUUCCUUCCUUUCCGCCUUUGCUGUCGCUGCGCCCGCUAAGCAGCACCUGACGCCGCCGACGCCGCCAUGCCGAAGAAUAAAGGUAAGGGAGGUAAAAACAGAAGACGAGGUAAGAACGAGAAUGAAUCAGAAAAAAGAGAACUGGUGUUCAAAGAAGAUGGACAAGAGUAUGCCCAAGUUAUCAAAAUGUUGGGAAAUGGCAGACUGGAGGCAUUAUGUUUUGAUGGUGUAAAGAGGUUAUGUCACAUCAGAGGAAAGUUAAGAAAAAAGGUUUGGAUAAAUACGUCAGAUAUCAUACUGGUGGGUUUAAGAGAUUACCAGGAUAACAAGGCUGACGUCAUUCUAAAGUACAAUGCAGAUGAAGCCAGAAGUCUGAAGGCAUAUGGAGAACUUCCAGAGCAUGCCAAAAUUAAUGAAACUGAUACCUUUGGGCCUGGUGAUGAUGAUGAAAUCCAAUUUGAUGAUAUUGGAGAUGAUGAUGAAGAUAUUGAUGAUAUCUAAAUGGAACUGAGGAAUACAUUCCAACUCCACCUCAAUAAUUAUUUUGUUUUCAAGUCCAUAUCUUAAAGAAGACUGAAACUGCAUAACAUUUGUAGUUACACCAAACCAAUAUAUUGCCCAAUGUUUAAGUAUUUAUAUUACUUUUAAAAACAGAUGAUGUUGGACUCUGAAAAGUUAAAUGAAAUAGUACAACUAUUUUUGCCUCUUUACCAAUUAGACCUUUACAUCUGUGUGUAAAUACACUUCCUUAAACUCCCCCAUUUGCUUCAUCUUUUUUCACCACUAAACUUCACUCAAUCUGUUUUGCAAUAAUAAUAAAAAUAUUGCCCUAUAA